UGCAGCAGCUGGGAGUCCGCAUCAGCACCACCAUCGCCACAAAUGCUCCAAUCAUCACCCAAAGAGAACUGAACUGACUGCCAAAAUGACGAGCGGUGUUUCCUUAGUGAACAGAAGUCUGAGGAGUCGCGGCACCGAAGACUACUCGGUUCUUUAAUAGCACCGUGCCAGCGCCAAGGCGGAGAGAACUAGGUCUUCAAACCCCUUUGGGCACUAGACACGGCCCCUGAUGCUCUGCAUCUGCCGCUGGAGCUCACAGCUUGAUUCCCGGAGAAUGGGAGCGCAAGGCAGUUUCUCUGCGUUGGAUACGAUAUGAUCGCAUGCCAUCACCCUUGCCGUCUGUCACGUCUACCUGUGCGUUCACCUCAUCUUUCGCGCUUGAGAAUCUAAUGAAUUCCAUUCGCCUGCCAGCAUGUCUUCAAGGAAGAUUUCAUCGGAAUCGUUCAGCUCCCUGGGCUCUGACUACCUCGAGAGCCCCGACGACGGAGAGUGUCCCUUUUCACGGGUGUUCUGGAACGGGAAAAGCCCGGUGGAGACGCUGUCAUGUCCGUUCGAGGACGCUAGUAUAAAGCGGACUACCAGGCGAAAGCGCGUCAACCUGGAUUCGCUGGGCGAAAGCUUGCGGCGGCUCACAUCACCAACGACUCAAACCAUUCAGCUGGCCCUGCAGAGAACUGUGGAGCACUACAGACAGAGUGGAAGCAGGCGCAACGAGGAUGGCACGGAGGAGAAACGGGCAUUUGAGAAGUGCCCCUAUGCGGACAACGCUGGCUCGGGGGAAGAGGCGGACAUCUCAGGAAUUCUCCAGUACAUGGCUCCGCUGCUGGGCGUGGCGUUCCCGGAGCUGCGGCAGCGCUUCGGCGAGGAGUUCUUCGGCCUGUGCUUCGAGGAGAACGAGCGGGUGCUGCGGGCCGUCGGGGGGAACCUGCAGGACUUCUUCAACGGCUUCGACGCGCUGCUGGAGCACAUCCGCACCUCCUGCGGCCGCCGCGCCUCCGCCGAGGCCCCCUCCUUCCUAUGCAAAGAAGCGCCUCCGCACCGGGGCCGAGGAGGAGAGGACGAGGAGGCGGGAGGAGGGGGAGGAGGGACGCUGUUAUUGCACUGUUUCAACCCGGCGCCGACUGUGGGCGUGGCCAUGCCGGGGCUGAUCCGCGCCGCCGCCCGACGCAUCUACCACACGGAGGUGACGGUGGAGGAGGCGCCGCCCGCCCGGCUCGUGGACACGGACGACAACGACAACGACAACGAGGAGGACUGUGACCCUGACGACCGCGACGGGGAGCACGGCGGUGGGGACGACUCCUCCUCCUCCCCCGCCCCCUCGCCCCCCUCCUCCUCCCCCUCCCCGCCCUCCUCCGUCUCGCCCGCCUGCCUCUCCUUCCUGAUCCGCCAGCACCGGCCUCCGCAGCGCUCCUCCUCGCCGGGCUCCUGCUCGGCCUCCUCCCGGCCGCUGCCCCUCAAGCUGUCCUGCUCGCCCCCGGACCUGCGCAUCAGCCUCAGCACCUUCUGCCGGGCCUUCCCCUUCCACCUGGUGCUGGGCCCGCGCAUGGAGGUGCUCCAGCUGGGCGAGGGGCUGCGCAAGCAGGCCAAGUGCGAGCCCCACCGGACGCCCAACUUCCGCGAGCACUUCGAGAUCGUCUCGCCCCGCAUCCCCUGCACCUUCCAGAGCAUCCUGCUGCGGCUGGCCACCCCCUUCACCAUCCGCACGCGGCCCGAGGCCGGGGGACUGGACGGCAGGGAGAAGGUGAUGGAGAUCAAGGGUCAGAUGAUCCACGUGCCGGAGUCGCGCUCGCUCAUGUUCCUGGGCUCGCCGCGCGUGGACAAGCUGGAGGAGCUGAUGGGCCGUGGCCUGCACCUGUCCGACAUCCCCAUCCACGACGCCACGCGCGACGUCAUCCUGGUGGGCGAGCAGGCCAAGGCGCAGGACGGCCUGAAGAAGCGCAUGGACAAGCUGAAGGCCACGCUGGAGCGCACGCACCAGGCCCUGGAGGAGGAGAAGCGCCGCACCGUGGACCUCCUCUACUCCAUCUUCCCGGGCGACGUGGCGCAGCGCCUGUGGCAGGGCCUGCCCGUGCAGGCCAAGAAGUUCGACGACGUCACCAUGCUCUUCUCCGACAUCGUGGGCUUCACGGCCGUCUGCGCCCAGUGCACGCCCAUGCAGGUCAUCAGCAUGCUCAACGAGCUGUACACGCGCUUCGACUACCAGUGCGGCAUACUGGACGUGUACAAGAUCGAGACAAUAGGCGACGCCUACUGUGUGGCGGGCGGCCUCCACCGCAAGAGUGACAGCCACGCUCGGCCAAUUGCGCUCAUGGCCCUGAAGAUGAUGGAGCUGUCGGAGGAGGUGCUUACACCGGACGGCAACCCAAUCAAGCUCCGGAUCGGGAUCCACACGGGCUCGGUCCUGGCGGGGGUGGUGGGGGUGAAGAUGCCCCGGUACUGUCUGUUCGGGAACAACGUGACGCUGGCCAGCAAGUUUGAGUCGGGGAGCCACCCGCGCUGCAUCAACGUCAGCCCCACCACACACCAGCUCCUGCGAGACGAUCGCUCGUUCACCUUCAUCGCUCGCUCUCGGCAGGACCUCCCCGACAACUUUCCCAAAGAGAUCCCGGGCGUCUGCUACUUCCUGGAGGUGGGCAAAUCUCAGAGCCACUCCUCCCUGACCAGCUCGCGCUCGGCCCCGCCUGCUCCCAUCCGCAGAGUCUCCUACAACAUCGGCACCAUGUUCCUCCGAGAGACUAGCCUAUGAGGAGACAGGGGAUCUGGACGCGGGUGGGUUGUCCCGCCCACCCACGGCAUGGACUGGUGUUGCCAGCGGGAACACUUCCUGCUUCCUGCACAAGCAAGGCCCCGCCCCCUCGUAUACUGUAGGUGGCUAUGGCUGACGGAAGCCUGUGAAGGUCAAAAAGAAGAAUAGAGGGGGGGAAAGAAGCAGAAGAAGCAAAGAUAAAUUAUGACUAGAUAGAGACAUAGAGACUUGAUAAAUACAGAAAAAAAAAACUUUAAAAAUAAACACAAGAUGAAAGCCUUUCUACUAACAGGACACAGCCAACGGCAUCCACACAGACAUGCUUUUGCACAGGCAAACAGAAACGCACACAUAACUGCAAACACAAGGACAGACCAGUUGGCACACACACACACACACACACACAUACACACACACACACACACACCUUAGCUCACAGUGCUCUCAGCAUUGCAGGUACUAGAUUAUUCAUUCGCAGAACUUGGUGCCUUCUUAUAACUGCACAGCGGCAAAGAGCAGCGGCAAAGAGCCUCUCCCACAUCACCCCCUCUGCCUCCCCUCCUACAGAUCCUCUGGCCACUGCAGCGACCUCUGACCCCCGCCGUGGAGGUGGAGCUUGAUGGUGGGUGAGGUUGGGUGAAGAGAGGUACUACGGAACCAGCUACUGUUACAUUUCUGUCCAUGCAAGUGUGGGUGUUUUAGGCGUGUGUGUGUGUGUUUGUGUGUGUGUAGGUAUGUGUAGGUGUGUGUCAGGGUGUCUGAAAAGCUCUGUGCUCUUAUGCGCAAGAGCCCUAACAUGAGGAGUAUGUGUGUGUGUGUCCAUGCGCUGUGAAUGCAUAAAUGAUGUCAGUUCCUGUUUUCUUUCUCUCUCUCUCUCUCUCUUUCUCUCGCCUGCCCCACAGUCCUUGACCUGUCAAUCAUCCUUGAUAAAGCCAAUAAAGAGACCGCAGUGCACAGGUCAUGCUUCGUAGGUUCAUUUCCUUUCACAAGUCUUGUUGUCGUUACACAUGAAGUCACUGAAGAGGGGCUGAAUCACUCAGACAGCGCUGGGUAUUAACACACGGAUUCUUGGAAUUAGAAAGGUCCGUGAUGGACAUCAGUCCAGGGAGGGUACUAUUUUUUGGAGAAGUAUUAGACCUGUUCAAAGGAUUUACUUUACAUUACAUUUACACGACUUAAAAUUCAGGAACUAGAAAUUACAUACGUUUCCUCUCCGUCCUCCUCACAUCCACACGCGCUCAUGUUCUUAAUCCUUUCUUCUCCUUCUCCUGGUCUCACCUGACUCCCAGAGAGAAGGGAAGUAAGCUCAGGCUUUCCCUACGGAGAUCCCUUUAAAUCCCAGGAGGAAGAGAGCCUAAUCCCACAGAGGGACAUGGGUGAUCUCAGACAGUAAAAGUGAGAUCAAUGUUAAACAUACACACUCAGACACACUCAGACACACGCAAACACACACAGACACACACACACACACACACACACACACACACACACACACACACACACACACACACACACAUAAAGUGGUGACAUUGUCCUUACAUUUAGAUUUAUUACAUUUAGGAGACACUUUUUUGACAUACUGUACAUUGCAGGUCUAUGAAAGGUUUGUCUACUGACAGAAGGGAACAUAACGUUCAUACUCUGAAGACACGGAGCCACUGAGAGGGUCUGUCCCAAAUGUCCUGUGCAGACAGUCCAAAUAGCCUCACAGCCUCUCUCUGGCGGCCAAUGGCUGGACAGGCUGGCAGGCAGACACACACACACACACACACACACACACACACUGGGCGUAGACUGAAGGUCAGAGAGAAGCGUGCCCAACC